AGUGUGGCCGACCCUGUACCCCUGUAGGAUUUGAACCCAUGCCAGGCAGUACGACAGGAACGAAAUUGCUUGACGCCCUCGAGGGUCACGUGGCAAUGCUCCUCACGUUGAUUGGUUAGACCACCACCAACUCUCCGAAGUUAUUGCUCCGCGACCGAUUCCCACCAACUCGAGUUGGUCAUGGUUGGUGGUGUCGGCCGACUGCCACCAACUCCAAAGUUGGUCCGAGUUGGUGCUGAAAAUCAGCCCGUGUGAACGCCCGCUUAUCUGUCAUCAAGUCCACCACCAACACGGGGACGUUUUGUCGGUUCAGCGUUCCAAUGAUCCCUGUGGAGGGAGACAAAGCACUGCAUGCUUGCUCUUCAUUCGGCGGUAUGUACUAUUUUUGAAGCAUGAUGCGGGCAAGCUUAUCCGUCCUAUAGGUGGCAAUACAGAGACCAUCAGAAUCGCGAGUGCCAAAAUAUGCAACAUCGUAGGUCUGCCCCUCUGUGAUUGGCAAUUGUAGAGAAGCGUUUGGAUAUGUGUUGUGGUGCAUUCCAAAAAUAUGCAUUUUGCACGAACACCCUGGCUCUAGUCAUCGGCCUAUCUUCUACAUGUCACGUGUUGAAACUAGGAAGUACCAUAAUUUCACGUGUAUAACCAGCACCGCAAGCCGCAGGACGCAUUUUUAGGAACGUUUUGAAAACUUUCUGGCAGAUAAGUCGGGGGUAAUACGAGACGACUGAUUUGUGUGACAAAGGAGACCAUAGAGAAGGCCAUAAACCCUGUGGUUCAUACUCCAGGGUCAACAUAGUGUUCAACAAAAGGAGGUCAGCUUAGAGAGUUCUACCAAGAUCAAAUUGUCUUCUAUAUCUUCUAAAUUGUGCCCUUGACAGGCGUUUUUUUAUGGGUUGAUGGGUGAGUGGUCUUCCAGAAGACGUGAAUCGCUGUCACCACUUUCGUUAAAACUGCUCGGGGGAAUUGCACCAGGAAGAUCCACCUACGUACUCGAAUGUGGACCCGUCCCUGUUACGCACUGUUUGUGCAUCGGCAGUGCAGUGGUUUUCCAGAGACACUGUCGGCCCUAUCGUUAAAACAGGCGUAUGGGGAAAAUCCAAUGAAAAAAUAGACAUAAGAUAAUUUGCACUGGUGGAUAAGCCACACAGCGCCCGUCAGAAAAAAAAAAAUUGCGCAUAAGCUGUGGUUAAUAUGCGUGAAAUUACGGUACUACCCCUGAGGUACCGCAUUUCUUUCUUGACGAGAAACAGUGUCUGGGCAGGAUUUCAUUAGAGGAACCCCUCACUGUCACCCCUUUUGUCCUAAUGGGAAUUGAUAUAGACACAGAGGAAGUAAACACAUAUAUCACCCUUCCAAGAACAGUGAGUCAGCACUUUAAUCUAUACACUGUUCAUCAUUUUCACAAUGUGCAAGCUUACUGGUACCGCUGCUGUAUUGUGUGUCAUCAGUGAUGGCCAGUAACUACUUCUACAGUAGAGUUUAACUACAACUACUAACUACUUUGCAAUGAAGUAGCUUCACUAGUACUACUUUUCAGGGGAAAAAGGAAAAAAAUAGCCAGAGCUCUUCGGCUGCAUUAUGGCUCGAAGUCACGUCUACGGACAGCGGAAACGUAAGAAGAAGGACUUGGCGAAUUUACGUGGUAGAGGCAGGCAUGUGACGGAACCUGCGACCCCAAGCCCUGAGAUUUUGCAUGGAAUGAGGACAGUACUCCGCACUAUGCAGGAAGCAAGAGGUACUUGUGUCUACGAGCCUCACCUACCAGGUCCUUUGGAAUCGCAGCUUCAAGAAAUGCAGCUCUCUCCAGAGUUGAGUGGUCAGCUGCUGAGAGUAAAAUCGGAACCUCUUGAUGAGGGCCAAGUUUGGGAACAGGACUGUGGAGUGAUGGCUGGCACGCGUCCCAUUAAGGAAGAACCUCAAGAGGAAUCUUCGGACGAACAACCAAUCGUAGAAGUGAAAACGGAGCCUUACAACAUUGAAAUCUUAGCGGAGCAGCACCAGACAGGACAAGACUGUGAUUCAACACUGGAAGGAGCGAAAGAAAGCACUGGUAUGAUCCCUCUUAAGGACAAGCUCAGAGGCACUUGUGAUCAUGCAUCUUCGUGUUCCACUUCUUCAAAUGCAGUGUUCAAGAUCUGCACAACACCCUUUCAGCCAGAAUUCAAAAACACUGCGAACAGUCGGACCACAAAGCAACCUUCAGAUCAGACUGAGACUCAACAGGGAAGCAAACUGUUGAUGUUUGGCCACGAGGGAGACAAAUUGUACAAGUGCAACAUUUGUUCAGCUACGUGCAUUGACAUUGGCCUCUUGGAAGUUCACCUGAAAACUCACGAAACAAAGGCGUUUACCUGCAACAUAUGUUCCAUGACAUUCCGUCGUCCGUCGACUCUGCGAGUGCAUGCAAACCGUCACACAGGAGGAGGGAGUGCUGACAAGUGCAAUCUCUACCCUGCAGAGGUCAGCCGCAGUAUCUACCCACAGCGUAAGAAGCGCUACAAGUGUGAUCUCUGUCCUGCAGAGUACAGACGCCACACAAGCCUCUGGACUCACAAGCAAACCCACACAGGCGUGCGAUACAAGUGCGAGCUUUGUCCUGCAGAGUUCAGCCAAAGCACAAGCCUGUUGUAUCACAAGCGAAAACACACGGGCGAGAAGCCCUACAAGUGCCAUCUCUGUCCUGCAGAGUACAGCUGGCACACGAGCCUCUGGGCUCACAAGCAAACCCACACAGGCGUGCGAUACAAAUGUGAGCUUUGUCCUGCAGAGUUCAGCCGAAGCACACAGCUGUUGUAUCACAAGCGAAAACACACAGGCGAGAAGCUCUACAAAUGUGAUCUCUGUCCUGCAGACUUCACCCAAAGAGCAAUGCUGUUCCAUCACAAGCGACUACACACAGGCGAGAAGCCCUACAAGUGUGAUCUCUGUCCUGCAGAGUUCGGCUAUAGGUCUGGCCUGUUGCAUCACAAGCUAAAACAUACAGGCGAGAAGCCCUACAAGUGUGACCUCUGUCCCGCAGAGUUCAGCUAUAGAAGGGGUCUGCGGCUUCACAAGCAAACACAUGCAGGAGAAAAGCCAUACAAGUGCGACUUCUGUCCUAAAGAGUUCAGACAUAGCUCAACUCUGUCACGUCACAGGCGAAGAAUACACACCGGUGAAAAGCCAUAUAAGUGCGAUCUCUGUCCUGCCGAAUUCACCCGUAGCUUUUUCCUGUCAUGUCACAAGCGUAAGCACACGGUUGAGAGGCCGUUCAAGCACGACCUCUGCCCUGCAGGGCUCAGCCUUGACACUAACCUGUUGUAUCACAGUCGAAAAACAUAUGGGCGAAAAAAAGCCCCAAAGUCUGACCUUUGACCUGCCGAGUUGUUCAGCAACAGCACAAAAGCUGAGGCAAGCAAGCACACACACACACGCAAUGUAGCAGGGCAGUCUGCUGCAUUUUCAUUUCACGUGAUACUCCACUGUGCACUGCCCAAGCCAGCACACGUUAGAAUGACCACGAGAACGAAAAUGGUGGUGAAUCCGAAGGUGGCAAACAAUGUUUUUUACAGAAUUGCUCUUUGGCUGGACCUGAAGAAUAGCAGAGCCGGUUUGGGUCAGGUUGUUGCUCGCUGAGAGGCAGCAAUCGUGAGUCUUCCCCACUAUGCUCGAGUCAUGGUUCCUUUGACUCCUUCUGUUUAUUGAACUCGUGAUUGUAUGUGAGGCCUUGUACACCAGUGAAUACAGCAACCCGGAUCGAAUGGAGAGUCGCUGUGAAUUCACCCUCGAGCACCUCCAGUGUGGAAUCCUGGAUUUUGAGAGCAUGAGUCACUGUCACAGGGUAACAUCACGAGAGCCCUGUAGCAACAUAUUUGUCCACAAAGAGUCAGACGUCUCGAAAUCAUUGCUGGAUUUCAUGGAUAUAAACAUUCUUGCCUUUUAUAUUCCAACUAUUCAUGUAGCUGUGUUUAAAAAUCAUUCUGACGACAGAAUGUGUCCCAGCAGGUGGUUCUGCCGGCAGCGGUGCAACGACGGAAGCAGGCGACACUUGCAGACUUGCCUUGCGCAGCCUAGGUGGCAUUAAUCAAAUUUGCACAAAAAAUCCGCUAGUUUUACAGAUCGCCAGAGGUAUCCAUUUCAAUCCCAUCCAAUCCACUUGCCACCCAAAAUGGCACUGCCCAUGUUGGAUAGGGGGACAAAUAGUGAGGACGGGUGAUUGAUGGUGCCCCAUAUUUCAAGACGUCAUGGGUCAGAAAGCUGAAAAAGUGGGUGGAGCUUCAGGUAUAGGCAGG